UAAUAUCAGAGAGGGAUAGCUGAGGCUGGCAGGAAAGCUACUUAGGAAAUCAGCAACAUCCACUUAGGACACAUUCCAUGCCUGUACAGAGCAGUGAGCCAACUGCAAGGAGCCUCUGGGCAUCGUAAAUUUUAAUGUGACUCUAAAGCUGGUAGUCAUGGAAAUCCAACCAAGAGAAAACCAAGAGGAAGGAGAAAAGUCCCCCGAAUCCAAGGACCUGCUGACCAGUCGGACAGCCAGUACCUUGUGCAUCAGCUCACGCAGUGAGUCUGGAUGGAGCGCUCCACCACUGAACAAAUGGGAUGUUUACCAUAAGCCAGUCAUUGUCUUGUCGGUGGGUGGAGCAGUCUUCCUCUUCGGCGUGGCUAUCACCAGCCUAACCUGCCUCACUAUGGACAAAAACACAACCAUGGCAGCCAACACAACAACCAAAAACCCAACCAAAGAGAUAUUUAAACUGUGCGGACCAGCCUUCCUGUCCCUGGGGCUCAUGUUGCUCGUCUGUGGGCUCGUCUGGAUCCCUAUCAUCCGCAAGAAGCUGAGACAGAAGCAGAAGUACCACAUUCUUCAGAGCAUUAAGUCUUUCUUUCUUAACCGCUGAAGGCAGAUUUGGCUGCAAGGAGGAAGAGGACUGUGCGUGAUUAGGACAAGGCCUAGUGUCAAUUCUAUCAAUCUACAAAUCUGAAAGGAUGUUACCCCUAAUCCCCUACUCUUCGCUCUGUGUAUAAGGGAUUAAUCCACCGCUAGGCAGAGGAACUACUGAGUGGUUUGUAUUAGUUCAGUAAAUAAUCUACACAUUCUCCACAAGACUAUCCCAUAUUAGCGGCACAGGUAAUAAAACUGGCAAAACAGAUGCCACACCAAUCAUUCAACUAACUGGUAUCUUGUCACACAGAAUUUUCUUUGAAGGAUACUUACAUUUUUAUUACUAUUCAAGGUUUGGAUAGUGGAAACCUGUGCCUAUAACCAAUAUUGCCCCCAGUGUGACUAAUAGAGAUUGCUUCUCCGAGAAAGCAGUGAGGUAUUUCUUUUAUGAAAUGGCAUCAGGUUUUAAAAACAAAUGAACAAAAACAAACAAAAAUUGGGUUGUUGUAGGUUUUUUGGGCUGUGAAGUCACAACCUCUGAGGAUGCUUGCCAUAGAUGCAGGCAAAAUGUCAGGAGAGAAUGCUUCUAGAACAUGGCCAUACAGCCCAAAAAAUCCUUCAACAACCCAGUGAUUCUAGCCAUGAAAGCCUUUGACAUUACAUUGAACAAAAAAUUGAUCGCAGAAAUGGUGCUAAGUUUCCAAGACAAUUUUAUUGAAUACUUUUUGUUUCAUUUUGUUUUUCUUCAUGAAAGGAAGCCAUUCUGCAAGCUGACAGUUUUAUGAGAGCAAAAUUAUCUAUCAUGAAAAUGUCUCAGAUUUUCCACAGGAGAAUGUCUGAUGUUUCCCAGGGAGUAUAGGCAUACUUGUCAAACCCUGGAUUCUCAAAUCAGAGGGAAAUGCUCUCAAAAGAAGAGACAAUAAUGGUUAAACAUUAUAAAAGAAGGGUCUGGCAGUUACACUUGCAGCAGAAAUGGCUGGUUGUUUGAUAAGGAAAGUGGAUCUGUGUACAAAAUACGCUUUCUCCACCUAGUCUAAUGCUGGUCAUGAGUUACAGAUUCAUAACAUGUGUAUUCAUCAUCCCAUCAUGAUAGGGGCCUCACUUCUGAUUGUUGCACCGAGAUUGCUGACAUGAAGGUUGUGGAAACAUCAUUGUACUGCAUCCAAAUUGACAAGAAAACAAACCUCUGUUGCUUGCUGCAGCUGAUGGCCAGUAAGGCAGGAUUCGGCCAGGAUACACUACUUAAGUAAUUAUACUUAACUAAUCUAGGAUUUUGGUGAUAGUUUCCAGCAAUGAUGCAACACAAACCUCCAUUGAUCCAAAAGAGGUUCAAGGACAACUACCGUUGCUAAGAAACAAACAAGAAUCUGUGAAAUUUAAUCACUUAUUCCAGAUUUAGAAAAUCAUGACUGUGAAAUCAACUUUCCAUGAACAUCUGGAAGGGUUGAGAUGUGCAGAUGUUUAGAAUGGCUUUCUUCAUCAAUUUGAAUGCCUUCUCCUCAUUCUUUGUGGUCAGAUUGAAAUAAUAUGGCCAAAGUCUUGCAAUCCCAUGAGAACCAUUCCUCAUUACAAUCCAAAAUCUAGUAGAGCUACUUGAUCCUUGAAGACGCCACUGUACACCGAGAAAGAGGAAAGAAAGAGACACAGAGAGAAAAAAUAGAAAGUUAGAGGUAGACAGAAGUGCUUUGGACUUGGCAAGCAUAAAGGAAAUUUGAAUGACUUGGGCACUGGACAGUAGGCAGGAGUGGUGAGAGAUCUGUGCAGAGGUCGCACUCACAUUGUCACUGGGGAUUAUCUCAGAAAUCAUUUCAAAGGCUAUUGAACUGUGCUGUUUGUACAGCCCUGGUGAUGAAGCAUUAGGAUAUUUAUUUAGAACAAAUCAAAAGUACAAGCCAGAGAUAUUAUUCCUUAAAGAAGCCGUAAUGUUGCUAGAUUUUCCUGUAGCUGCCUUUUGGAUAACAUUCUGCCUUCUGGAUUAUACCAAAGUGCAUUCUUUCAGUGCUGCUUCACAUACUCUUUAUCUUCCUUCCAAAAUGCAUUUCUUAUGUGUUCCCACUUGCACUUGUAGAACAAAAUAUGUGAUUUCCUAGCACUGUGAAAGAUGAUCCCAAACAACAGAGCUUGUGGCCAGUUCUCCCGCCCAGACAUUGUGGGCUGAACAAGUGCAUUAGGGACGUCAGGUCAGCCAACUGUCACUGGAAAGGUACAGACAGUAUAUUUUGGUUUGUAUUUCGGUUAUUCUUGAAUAUUGGAGGCUUGUUUGGGGUUGAACUGCAAAUUGCUGAUCUAAGGACUGAGGUUUAUCAUCCUUUAUCCCCCCUCCCAUGUCCCAAAAUUGGGUUUCUGGCCACUUUGGGGUCUCAGGGGUACAAAAGCACUUUGGAGGCUACAUGCAGCCCUCAGACCACACAUCUUUGGAUUACAGCCUCAACUGUAUAAAUGCUUUACAUUCCAGACUUCCAGGGUAAAGAGGGAUUUGACAAUUGACUUGAUUUAUGUGCUCAAUUUGCCACAUGAUGCCUUAAUGCAGUCUUUUGUCUUUUCUCAAAAAGUGAUUCCAUAAUUGUGUAUCAUUCUCUUCUGCUGCUAUUAGGCUGGGAGAUUGCUGGCACAAUCUCCCUUUAAAAGAGCUGAUCGGAGUGGGAAAGGGUGGGGAACACUAAUGGGAGUAUGCAGUGCACUUUCUGUAACUCUCUGGGAAAACAUGAGGGGAUUUGGCAGUCAGAGACAGUAAAAUUUCCAUUCAGGAGGCCAGCAGCUGCUGAAAUCUGAGCACACUAAGUGUUUCCUGAUGCUUCCCAUCACACUGGCAUUGCUACCACUCUCCUGGGAAUCAAUGCUUUCAAACUGCUGUGCUGCCUGCUACAGACUGUCUGAUUGGCAGCUGAAUCAAGCUCAGAAAACCACUGCCCUCUUGGAGGGGGUUCAGAAGUAGCUGGGUGAACAGAACAGUGUAAUGAUGAGGGAGCAAACUAUAUCUUUACACACAGACAUAUCAAUAAUCCCAAACAUAGAAGACUCUGACUAGAGGAUCCACCCACAGUAUUUCGUUGCUUGAAACAACUAAAAGGUCAUCCCACCACCAUUUCAUGAGCAGAAGUUGGAAGUUGAACCUUACAUUUUACACCAGCACCUGAGGGCAACAAACCUCCUUUGAUGGGUACUGGACAGGCACACCAAUAGCCUUCAAAAUUGGGAAUGGCCAGGGAAAUCCAUGAAAGAAACAAUUUUAAGUCACAAUGUUCCACUUUACCUCCCAGCAUCUGCCACCUGAAGCGGCUGCCUUGCUCUACCACAAAAAUUGCCUUGCUCUACCACAAUAGUUAUCUGAAUGAUUGAUUUAUUGUUAGUGGUGGAAAGAAUUACCUGUGGGAUAAUCUGUUCCAUAUCUCACAGUAAUGGCUAGCCUUGACUGGCACUAAAACUUAGGGAAGUGAGCAACCUUUGGCAAUAUAACCUUGCUUUGGUGAUGAUUAUGCCCAGAAGUAGCCCUUACAAUGAGCUGGUAACCCCUCUCCUUCUCUGUUCCACUGCAAACCCCCAAGACUCUUGACAACUCAGUGCCUAGAAGUGAACCAAAAAGUAAAUAAAGAUUUACAUCUUUAUUUACUUUUUUCUUCUUCAAAUUAGUUCUUCUUCAAGUGAGUUAUUCUUCAAAUUAGUUCAAUGUGCCAUGCAAAUUCUUCCCCUAUCAAUACUUUGUAAGGUAGGUUAAAGUGGAAGAUACCAACUGUCCAAACGUCAUCCAAACAGCUUGGUAGCUAUCAGGAAUUUGAAUCAGGUUCUCCCCAGUCCUAACUUGACACACUAAACACUGCUAUGUCACAAUGUCUCAAGGAAGAUUCCUCUUCCUGCAGAGGAGAUGGUUGGGAAAACCUUGAAUUUGAGUUGAAUUGUGCCACAUAUCAUGCGAUAUUUUAAGCUCUGCUGUUAUAACCUUCCACAUUGUUCCCAACUGGAAAUGCAAAAGCCUGAAAUAUGCUGUCCUUUUUGAACCUAUUUUAGUUGAUGCUUCUGUUGAAACUGCUUGUUUUGUAUCUAUAGCAGGAGUUGCUCUGAGAAGUUAAUAAAACCUUUGUUAAUGAA